UCGCCAUCGGCUUUGUUGCAUCUCUAUUACAAAUUAUUAAACUGAUUUUGCUCAGACAUUUAAAUAUGAAUUUGGGCAAAAUUAAAGCUGUAUCCAGACUACCUGCUCUGCGCUCGUGCUUGCACUACUCAAGCGCUGCAAAAUCGGAACUGCCGGCAUCCUUGGUCGGCGAGGAGGAUGAGGAACUGGCUUAUCCACAGGCGGUGGACAGAUCCGGCCUGCAACCACAACACAAAAAUGUGCUUCUCAACAAAUUGCCGUAUCAGGAGCCGCACUCCUGGAUACAUUUGACAGAAAAGUACCAGAGACAGGCCUUCGGGCGAUACGGUGCCCAGAGCAAUGUGGAUCCCAAGAUCUGCUUCGAGUCCCGCGGAGAGAAAGACAGCAGGCAGGUUAUGCAACUGGAAACACUACUGAAAAUGCUGGAGAAGAAUCGCACGCAGAAGGCAGAGGAGCUGGAGAAGAUCACAGCCCGCGAGGAGGACAUUGCGAAGAAGAUGGAGAAGCUGAAACAGUGGAAGGCGGAUUUGCAUGCAAAGGUGGCCAAGCGGGAGGCGGAUGCGGCGGCAGCCAUACAACGCAAGGAACGCCUGGUGGAGGAAGUGCGCCGACACUUCGGAUUCAAGGUGGAUACACGCGACGAAAGAUUCAAGGAGAUGCUCGAGCAAAAGGAGAAGGAGGACAAGCGAAAGCAGAAGGAGGCCAAGCGAAAGGCCAAGGAGGAGAAAAUGAUGGCCAAGUUGGUGGAGAAGACAUCGUCGUAAUGUUACCAUAGUUUCUAAACUAUCAAUUUAAGCAAGGAACUGUUGUCUGUUGCCGUCUUUAAUAAAAAUGCAGCAAAUGACCAAUGUUUAUAUAAACGGUUUUACCAAAAGUUAA